CGCGGGGCCGGCCGGGCAUGAGCGCCGAGGGGCCGCGGCCGCCAGCAGCGCCCGGCGCGCCCGGGCCGUGAGCCGAGCCAUGGACUGCAGCCUGCUGCGGACGCUCGUGCGGAGAUACUGCGCUGGAGAGGAGAACUGGGUGGACAGCCGGACCAUCUAUGUGGGGCACAGGGAGCCCCCUCCCAGUGCCGAGGCAUACAUCCCUCAGAGAUACCCGGACAACAGGAUUGUCUCCUCCAAGUACACGUUUUGGAACUUCAUACCCAAGAACUUGUUCGAGCAGUUCAGAAGAAUUGCCAACUUCUACUUUCUGAUCAUAUUUCUGGUGCAGCUAAUUAUCGACACGCCCACCAGUCCCGUGACCAGCGGGCUGCCCCUCUUUUUCGUCAUCACUGUCACCGCCAUCAAGCAGGGUUAUGAAGACUGGCUGCGUCACAAAGCAGACAACGCCAUGAACCAGUGCCCGGUCCACUUCAUCCAGCAUGGCAAGCUGGUGCGCAAGCAGAGCCGGAAGCUGCGGGUGGGGGACAUUGUCAUGGUCAAGGAGGACGAGACCUUUCCCUGUGACCUCAUCUUCCUGUCCAGCAACCGAGCUGAUGGGACUUGCCACGUCACCACAGCCAGCUUGGAUGGGGAGUCAAGCCAUAAGACUCACUACGCUGUCCAGGACACCAAGGGGUUCCACACGGAGGAGGAGAUUGGGGGGCUGCAAGCCACCAUCGAGUGUGAACAGCCGCAGCCUGACCUCUACAAGUUUGUGGGCCGCAUCAACAUCUACAAUGACCUCAAUGACCCCGUGGUGAGGCCACUGGGAUCGGAGAAUCUGCUUCUCAGAGGAGCCACGCUAAAGAACACUGAGAAAAUCUUUGGUGUUGCCAUUUACACUGGCAUGGAGACCAAGAUGGCUCUGAACUACCAGUCCAAGUCCCAGAAGAGGUCUGCAGUGGAGAAGUCCAUGAACGUGUUCCUCGUUGUGUACCUGUGCAUCCUCAUCAGCAAGGCGCUCAUCAACACGGUGCUCAAGUAUGUGUGGCAGAGUGCACCCUUCCGCGACGAGCCCUGGUACAACCAGAAGACUGAGGCCGAGCGCCAGAGGAAUCUGUUCCUCAGGGCCUUCACCGACUUCCUGGCCUUCAUGGUCCUCUUCAACUACAUCAUCCCGGUGUCCAUGUACGUCACAGUAGAGAUGCAGAAGUUCCUCGGGUCCUACUUCAUCACCUGGGAUGAGGACAUGUUUGACGAGGAGACAGGCGAAGGGCCUCUGGUGAACACGUCUGAUCUCAACGAAGAACUGGGGCAGGUGGAGUAUGUGUUCACAGACAAGACAGGCACACUCACGGAGAACAAUAUGGAAUUCAAGGAGUGCUGCGUCGAGGGCCAUGUCUAUGUCCCCCAUGUCAUCUGCAAUGGACAGGUGCUACCCGACUCCUCAGGGAUCGAGAUGAUUGAUUCCUCCCCCAGUGGCAGCGGCCGGGAGCGAGAGGAGUUGUUCUUCCGGGCUCUCUGCCUGUGCCACACUGUCCAGGUGAAGGACGACGAUGAUGUGGAUGGGCCCAGGAAGUCACCAGACUCGGGGAAGUCCUGCGUGUACAUCUCAUCGUCGCCCGACGAGGUGGCACUGGUGGAGGGAGUACAGAGGCUUGGCUUCACGUACCUGAGGCUGAAGGACAACUACAUGGAGCUGCUCAACAGGGAGAGUGACAUCGAGAGGUUCGAGUUGCUGGAAGUUUUGAGUUUUGACUCCGUGAGGAGGCGGAUGAGUGUGAUUGUGAAAUCUGCCACAGGAGAAAUUUACCUUUUCUGCAAGGGAGCAGACUCUUCCAUAUUUCCCAGAGUUAUUGAAGGCAAAGUGGAGCAGAUCCGGGCCAGGGUGGAGCGGAACGCAGUGGAGGGACUGCGGACGCUGUGUGUUGCCUACAAGAGGCUCACCCCGGAGGAGUAUGAGGGCGUGUGCAGGCUGCUCCAGGCCGCCAAGGUGGCGCUGCAGGACCGGGAGAAGAAGCUGGCGGAAGCCUACGAGCAGAUAGAAAGAGACCUGGUUCUGCUUGGGGCCACCGCGGUGGAGGACCGGCUGCAGGAGAAAGCGGCCGACACCAUCGAGGCGCUGCAGAAAGCGGGGAUCAAGGUGUGGGUCCUCACUGGGGACAAGAUGGAGACGGCGGCCGCCACCUGCUAUGCCUGCAAGCUGUUCCGGAGGAACACGCAGCUGCUGGAGCUGACCACCAAGAAGAUGGAGGAGCAGAGCCUGCAUGAUGUGCUGUUCGAGCUGAGCAAGACGGUGCUGCGCCACAGCGGCAGCCUCACCAGGGACCCUCUGUCCAGCCUCUCGGCGGACGUGCAGGACUACGGGCUGAUCAUCGACGGGGCAGCACUGUCCAUGGUGAUGAAGCCACGGGAGGAAGGCAGCAGCAGCAACUACCGCGAGCUCUUCCUGGAGAUCUGUCGUAACUGCAGCGCCGUGCUGUGCUGCCGCAUGGCGCCCCUGCAGAAGGCUCAGAUUGUGAAGUUAAUCAAAUUUUCAAAAGAGCACCCCAUCACCUUAGCCAUCGGUGACGGCGCGAAUGAUGUCAGCAUGAUUCUGGAGGCCCACGUGGGCAUAGGUGUGAUUGGGAAGGAAGGCCGCCAGGCCGCCAGGAACAGUGACUAUGCGAUCCCCAAGUUCAAGCACCUCAAGAAGAUGCUGCUGGUCCACGGGCACUUCUACUAUAUCCGCAUCUCGGAGCUUGUGCAGUACUUCUUCUACAAGAAUGUCUGUUUCAUCUUCCCUCAGUUUCUGUAUCAGUUCUUCUGUGGCUUUUCACAGCAGACCCUGUACGACACUGCGUAUCUGACCCUGUACAACAUCACCUUCACGUCGCUCCCCAUCCUCCUCUACAGCCUCAUGGAGCAACAUGUCAGUGCUGACGCUCUCAAGAGGGACCCGACGCUCUACAGGGACAUUGCCAAGAACGCACUGCUACGCUGGAGAGUGUUCAUCUACUGGACCUUCCUGGGAGUCUUCGAUGCGCUGGUGUUUUUCUUUGGUGCUUACUUCAUGUUUGAGAACACAACAGUGGCCAGCAAUGGCCAGAUCUUUGGGAAUUGGAGCUUCGGGACGCUGGUAUUCACAGUGAUGGUGUUCACAGUGACGCUCAAGCUGGCGCUGGACACACACUACUGGACCUGGGUCAACCACUUCGUCAUCUGGGGCUCGCUGCUCUUCUACGUGGUCUUCUCCCUACUCUGGGGUGGGAUUCUCUGGCCGUUCCUCAGCUACCAGAGGAUGUACUACGUGUUUCUGUACAUGCUGUCCAGUGGGCCUGCCUGGCUGGCCAUCCUGCUGCUCAUCACGGUGAGCCUGCUGCCUGACGUCCUGAAGAAAGUGCUGUGCCGGCAGCUGUGGCCCACAGCGACGGAGCGGGUCCAGAAGCGUGCGGAGCGCAAGGUGCCGGGCGGCGACAGGCCCCUGCUGAAGGACCUCCUCCCGCGGCCGAAGCGCCGUUAGCCCGAUGCUAGGUAACGCUGUGGCCGCGCCCGCUGGGCACUAGGCCGGUGUGCUGUGGCUUUCAGACCGCACCCUCUUCCUCCAAAGUUUUGCUGUGUCUGUGCCGUGUUGGGAGCCGAGGCGCACGUGGAGAGAAGCACCCCUUGCCCACACGCACGCACUUGCUGUGUCAGGUAAGUGCCUGGCUGAGGGAGCUUCCUGCGUGCCCCACCUGAAGGCUGGCCAGCCCCAGAGGACGCAGCACACGGCCCUCAGGUACUCAGGGCACGGCAGCAGUUGUCCUCAUCGCUGCUCUGGUCCCCUGGGCUGGACAAGCCGGCUAGCACCCAGUGGAGCCCUGUGUAAAGUGACUUUCCCUGGGCGUGUCCUGCCUGGCUAAGCCGGAUGGUGUCGUGUGUGUGGGCAUCUUCCCCAGCCUCACUGGCUGGUCAGUGUGGACUAACAGGUCCCAUGCCAGCCAUGAUCAGUGGGAUGUGGGGCAGGCGAGCCUGGCCUCUGCCCCACAGCUGGUGGCUCACGAGCGGGUGGUGGGAACGGGAUCACAUGGAGGUGCCCGGGACUGAGGCAUGGCCUGAUCCUCUCAGCAGAGCGUGCUGUGUGGGCUUGGCAUCCCUGGAUCCGUCCCCUGGCCUCUGCGCAGCCCUGGUACCCUGGCCGCCUGGACGAUGCAAGAGCCGUGAGGAAUGGACACUCCAGCGCACCUGAGCUCAGACCUGUGGCUCCAGGCAUCUGGGCGGGAGUCGCUGUGUGAUGACUGUCACUCCCAAGUGUCCAUGUGGGCCCCAGUGCCCAGAAGCCGAGGGGAGGGUCGUGGGGAUGUGCUUGGACACACUGCAGACUGGACAGCACUGCUGGCGUCUCCUGCACUGGAGCACAGAGUGGACAGACUGUGUGUGCUACAGCCGUGACGCGGGCUCUGCCAGGAAUUCCGAGAGGAGCAGAGCCCUCGGGGCAGGUGGCUGCGCAGCCAGCUGCUGGCUGGGCGCCUCUCUUGCCUCAUCUCCCUCGUCCCAGCAUCCCUGGGGACCACAGGGGCCUGGGCUGUGCACUUGUUCUAACAGACAUGUGGCCACAUCAGGCUGUGACCCGUGUCUACUCCCCCAGACCCACGGCUGGCCUAGGUGUCCCCACCUCACCUCACAGGGCAGGCCCAGCUGUUUGCACACACACUGGCCGUGUGCUCGGAGUUCUCACUUCCCUGUCCACGUGGACGGGGGCUGAGCCCCUGGCAGGGAGCGGGGUGCCGUCAGUCACCAUCAGGGAAGUGUUCGUCGCACGGGGCUGCGAGGGUGGGACGGCUGGGGCUCCUUGUCCUGGCCAGGGGACAAGGCCAUUUCCUGCCCCACACAGGCAGGCCCUGUGUUGGUGCUGGCCCUGCUCCCACCCCCGUCUUGGGUGACCUGCCUGACAUGGUCAGCUGGUCCUGAGGGAGUGAUGCGGUCCCAGGGUCCCCAGUAUCUUGGCCCAGGUGUCAAAGCUGUGUGAGGGGGGACCCCAGAGAGCAAGGCCAGGGCUGAGCAGCAAACCAAAGACAGGGUACCCAGCGGCCCGCAGCCCCGCCCGCAGGCAGCGCCAGGCACAUUUUACAGCCCCACCCCAGCAGCCACGCGGAUGCGGCCGUGGCCCCGCCCAGAGGUCCUAUUCAGUUCACAGAUUCUUUGUAUGGUAUUUUUUUAGAGAUUCUGAAAUGCCUUCGCUGUGGAGUAUUUUCAUAAGUGUUUCUAUCUUGUUCUGUUGAGGGUUUGCUGUUUUGGGUUCGAGUCUGUCCUGCAGCUCUUGUCCUUGUGUUGAAAUCCUGGCCGCCCUGUGCCCGCGCCCGGCUCUGCAGGCCAGCUUCUGGCAGGCGUGGCCAGUGGCAGGGAGGCUACACCGUCUGCUUUUUCUGUUUGUUUCCUUCCUUGAGCCUUAAGCCACAGGGUCCCCGCCCACCUGUAUCGCACAGAUCCACCCUUGGCCUCUGGUGUGGAGGCCACGAGUGGCUGCACCCUGAAGUGUGAGGAGCUGGGGGCGUGAUUCAGCAAGGGUGCCUGAAGGCUUGCCACGGGCGAGGGCCCGAGGCCGGAUGUGGAGGAAGAGGAGCGAGGCCAGGGACAGCCUUGGCUGUGGUGAGGAUGGAGGACGCACAGCCCUGGCCUUGCCUGGAGUGCCGUCCCGGCGCUGCACCGGACCAGGGGCCAUCGGAUCCGUGCUCCGGCCGUGCGUGUGCAGGCUCACCACAGGCACCCCGCCCUGCUGCCUCAUUGCUUGCACUCUGCCCCUCCAGGCCAGGCAGGGAAAAGCACACACCCCGCUGGCUGCAGCAGAGAGGCCGUGGACCCAGGUGGCCCGAGCAGGACCUGCACCCACCCACGGGCCCUGCUGCCGCGAGGCCAGGAGUGAAAAUGGGGCACUAUCCCAUGGCUUCCUCACCUGGGACGACCUUCAGAGGCGCUGGAGGACGCCCCUCUCAGACCACCUCAUUGCCCCCGUGUGCCUCAGCUGUGUCCUCCACGUGUCCUCCGGGAGGGUCAAGUGUGGGCCUGGCCAUGUCUGGGCAGAGCUUUAGCGGCCUGAGUCACUUCUGCAGGAACUAAAGAUAGCGCAUACAGCUUUAUUUCUACCUUCUAAGUAAGAGUUUUAUUCACAUACAUGACACGAGGUGUGUCUGCUUCACCCCUGAAAAUGUCCCCUUCCACGCCGCGUGACCCCAAGACGAGUGUGGGCAUUUACUGUGAACGGCACACUGCAGCCGCCAUCUGUACCCACGUUUAUUUCCCAGUUCCUGGGCCGUGCCACGAGGCAUGUCUGACCCAGGCACCAUUCCCUGCUGUGACGUGAACUCGCCAUCGGACUGCCAGUCAGGUGCCAGGUCUGUGAGGAGUGCUGCUGUUGACUCCUGCUCGCAAGUGUGACUUGCCGUUGGUUCUGUGGCACUGUCCUGCAGCUGACCUGCGCAGGAGGUCUGAGCGUUUGCAAUAAAGGGAAAACCUGUUUCUGUUUAUAAA